AUGUCGUCUGCCGGCGGAUUCCUAUCGCCCAUCCCUGUGCCGUGUGCGUUGUACGGUGGUGAUGGGCUAUGGAAGCAAGGGCGUAUACGGGUUGAGGUGUUGUCCAGAUCGAAACAUGCUUGUAGUAUCAACCUUUGGUAUAAGAUCAAGUCCUCCGCUCUGUUCAGCUCAUCGGAAGGUGAGAUCUCCUCAUCAUCAGCAAGGCACCAGGAUCGACGACCAGUAAACCUAAAUCAACCUGAGCCAGGCACGCAGGGAUUGAGCUUCGUUGACGCCGCCGCUAAAUUAGAUCGAGCAUAG